AUGGACCUGUGCCACGUCCCUGCCACCCGGGAGAAGGGCUGGUACCUGGCACUGAUGGCCCCCAACGUCAAGGGUCCCAACUAUGCCUGGCUGGAUCCCUCCCGGCUCUACUGCCACCCGCAAGGCUUGCAGGACUGCGUGGCCGACCUUCUGCAGCCCUUCCAGGGAGAUGCCAUAGACAUGGUGGCUGGCAUCGACGCCAUGGGCUUCAUCCUGGGCGCUGCAGCUGCAGCCACCCUGCAGAAAGGCUUCCUGGCUAUCCGCAAAGCCGGGCACCUCUGUGUGCAGACAGUGGCACGGCCCUACACCGACUACUCGGGCCGGGAGAAGGUGAUGGAGGUCCGCACCGACGCCAUCUCACCAGGUCUGCGCAUCCUUCUCGUGGACCAGUGGGUUGAAACUGGGGGCACCAUGAGAGCAGCCAUCGAGCUGGUGGAGCAGCUGGGGGGGAUUGUGGCAGGUGUCGCUGCCAUCUGCAUGGAGAACAGCGAGGGAGGGAAGUGGAUCCAGGAGCGCUACAAGUGCUCCCACUGUGUCCCCCCCCACCUGCAGCCCCACUUUGACCAGCACCACUUGGGCUGGGACUGA